UUCCCGAUGCCUUUAAUUGCGCGUCCAGACGAACGGCGCCUACCAUUCGCUCAGCACGGCUGGGACAACAACACAAACUUCUACGAGCUAUCGUACGUCGUACAGUGCGUGAUAGGGGCGUGGACCACCCAGAUCAGCAACAGUGUGGACUUACUGUUCGUUAGCAUCAUGAUCCUCACAGCUGCGCAGCUGCAGAUUCUCACAAUUCGCAUUGCCAGUCUCAAACCUGAGGACACUGAAGUAAAGCUAGAGAAAGGAAUCAGUUGCGUGGCAGAUCAGACGGAAAAAAAUUGCAGUGAUAAAAUGUAUGAAAAAUUGCGUCUGUGCAUUGAGAGUCACCAGAAAAUCCUCAGGUUCGUCAAGCAUUUGGAGAAGACAAUGAGUUCCAUCGUAAUGACACAAUUCAGCUUCAGCGUCCUCGUCACGUGUGUGUCAUUGUUUCAAGCAACAUACAGCACGGAACUCGGCUCAGUGUUGAAGUGCAUCUGUUUCCUUCCUGUACCCGCUGGCCAGAUCUACUUAUACUGCUGGUCGGCACACAACAUUACCGAACAGGCGGAGGCAGUAACGCUGGCGGCGUACAGCUGUUCCUGGUUGAAGGCGAGCCGUCGAUUCAAGCGCGCUUUGAGGAUACUCAUGAGCCGCGCCCAGAAGCCGCUCGUUCUCACCACUGCACACCUCUACCCCAUGAACAGGGAAGCGUUCGUUUCGCUGGUGAAUGCAUCAUAUUCAUACUACGCAUUGCUGGGUCAAAUGACUAAAUGAUAGAGUCAAUCCCUAAUUUGGAACCAAGGUCUCCAGUGGUUUAUGAUAUUAUGGUUUUAAUAGAUGUACCUGUAUAUUUCAAAACUUCUUUCACUGAUGGCAUUCCGUCAUGACAUUAUAUGAUGUAACAAAAAGCUACAAAAUAUCAGACAUGUUCAUAUUAAAUAACAAUUGAAAAGACAUCAGCUAAAUGUAUGGGUAAUAGUGAAACCUAUGAAAGGAUAGAUAUAAAUUAAAAUAAGGAAAAGUAUAUGUCGAAAUUUAUAGUAAUUUCAGUUAAUGAGCAAUGUUUCUUUACUGAAUGUAUACAAAGAAUAAUUAUUUAGAUGGAAAGUAUCUCACAAAAUUUGUGCUUAACUUUCAUCUAUCUAAAUAUGAAUUUCAAAUUAAUUUUCUCUGGAAGCUGCUAUAAAUGCUACACUGUUCGAGGUUUUGUGUAAUAAAUGCUUGCUGGUGUAACAAAUGUACUGAAGACUAUUAAGCUGAAAUUGUAAUCACCUUUACUGCUUUCUCCUUGUUGAUAGAUAACAUCACACUAUUAGCUCUUCUCAUAAUUUCUCUUCUAAUUAAGAAAAAAAUUAAACAUUUAUUUAAUUUAAGAGAAAACAUUAGUUGCUUACCAAAGACAGUAGUAUCGAGCUAUAGGUGCCUUUCCAG